ACGCGCGGAGUGGACUAUCACAGAUCUCCCGAAGAACUGCUUUGUUGCCCGAAUGGCGUUGAACAACAGUAGCGGGGCUACAAGCCUCGCUCGCGUCUACGCCGAUGUCAACGCGAACAUGCCCCGGUCAUACUGGGACUACGACUCCGUGAAUAUCUCCUGGGGCGUUCUCGAGAACUACGAGGUUGUCCGUAAGAUCGGCCGUGGAAAGUACUCGGAGGUCUUUGAGGGCAUCAACGUGGUUAACUACCAGAAAUGCGUCAUCAAGGUCCUCAAGCCUGUCAAGAAGAAGAAGAUAAAGCGUGAGAUCAAGAUCCUGCAGAAUCUGUCGGGUGGCCCCAACAUCGUCUCGCUGUUGGACGUGGUGCGCGACAACCAGAGCAAGACACCCUCGCUGAUAUUCGAAUAUGUCAACAAUACCGACUUCCGGAGUCUGUACCCCAAGUUCCAGGACUACGACGUGCGAUACUACAUCUUCGAACUGCUCAAGGCCCUCGACUACUGCCACAGCAAAGGCAUCAUGCACCGUGAUGUCAAGCCUCAUAACGUUAUGAUCGAUCAUGAAAAGCGGAAGUUGCGCCUCAUCGACUGGGGUCUAGCGGAAUUCUACCAUGCAGGAACCGAAUACAACGUCCGCGUCGCGUCACGUUACUUCAAGGGCCCCGAGCUACUAGUCGACUUCCAAGAGUACGACUACUCGCUUGAUAUGUGGUCAUUGGGUGCCAUGUUCGCUUCGAUGAUCUUUAGGCGGGAACCAUUCUUCCACGGCAACAGCAACUCUGACCAGCUCGUCAAGAUUGCCAAGGUGCUUGGAACGGAAGACCUGUUUGACUAUCUCGACAAGUACGACAUUGAACUAGAUGCCCAGUACGACGACAUACUUAGUCGGUAUCCCAAGAAGCCUUGGCACUCGUUCAUCAAUGCCGAGAACCAGCGCUUUGUCAGCAACGAUGCGAUUGACUUCCUCGACAAGCUGCUGCGAUACGACCAUCAGGACCGACUGACUGCCCAAGAGGCUAUGCAACAUCCUUACUUUGCGCCCGUCCGACAGGCUGCGCAGCAAAACAGCGCCGCGGCAUGAUUGAGAUACCCAUUCACGUAAUUAGACUUUAUGUAAUAGCAUAAAAGUUACAGCAACGAAAUACUCGGUCUCCCAUUCAUCCAUUCCAAGUUCUUUGGCUUGAGACACAACUGAGGUGCCGGCGUACAAGCACAAGGCGCAAAUCACGGAGCGGCAGUGCAUAGGGCAAGGUGCUAGGUAUCGUUCUUGUAUAAGCGAUGGUGAGCGCAAUGGUACAUCGCAGGCGCAUGGGAGCAAACAAGGCUCAACAAGCAAUCGGCUCAAUGCAUAUUGGGGUGUUGGUGGACAAUCAUUCUUGCUAGAAAUGUCUUAUGCCCACGGUAGUCAAUGAUGAUUCUUUUUGUGACACAUCCAUCUC